UCACGCAUUCCAAGCUUGCUAUGUAGAAAGCAGGGACAGAUAAAUGUGCUAUUAGACUUUCUCUCGCUCAGCGCGCCACAUAAACAAAGGCACAUUGCAACUUACGCUCAGCGCAUCCUCUCCGUUACUAACGCCGACACUCUUAUAGUGGAGCUGACAGAACCACGGAGUACUUUUUUCUUCUUAGCUAAGAGGAAAAUAAGUCAAAUAAUAUAUUUUUUUAAUGAAACCCGUCAACUUUUGCGACUUUGAAAUCGACAAUUCAACCACUUUUUCAGUUUUUAAAAAUUUCUGUCGGAUAUGCACAAGGAAUUAUUAGGGCUUUACAAACACAUGUAAAGACGGAACCUCAACAGAAAUCAAACACCGGUUCGGAAGAGCGCCUGCAGCCCAGGUCUGAGUCCCGGCUACCGGAUACCUCGCCCGCCGCGUGUGCUGAAGCAGCCCCGAACCCCAGACGCGUGCAGCCUCCACCCGAGAAACCGACCACGAUUCAGCGAGCAAAAGGCCACUCAGAUCUAUGGCACUCUGACAAUGAACAAGCGAUCACAGUUAUUGGAACAGCUGCAUUUUGUCCAUCUAAAAUGCACACCUCGAGACAUGCCCUGCGUUCAGGCCCAGUACGGCCCUGCACCUCAUGGGUCCAGCUACUCCGCCCAGUCCUUUGGUUACCAUGGUGACUACAGUGCUGACCUCAUGGCGACAGACUACUCGAAGUGUGAGCUCGGUGGGGGGGAGAUCUCGGCGGCGGCUGCCACCACUUCCCUACCCAGUUUUAAUGUGUUCGUGGAGGGCGGCUUUGAGCCGAAACCCUCCUGUUUGUAUCAACUCCCUCCUCAACGCCCUAUCAUCAAAAAGGAGGAGGAGUCUUACCCACCCAUGGCACCAUCCGAUGAAGCAAUAGCUGGGAGCUCCAUGUACUUUAAGCAGUCGCCCCCUUCGACGCCCCCCACGCCGCUUCACUCCGGCCCACCCAGCAGCUCUUUCUUGUGGGAUGAACACAGUCUUCCCCCUGUGCCCCAGCCCUGCCUGAUUGAAGGCCCACUGAAGAGCCCUCGCUUCCCUCAUUUCUACGAGCAGCCGGCCCCACCCUCCACCAGCGGCUACGACACCGCCAUUGGCCUUCCGCUGCGACCUGAACGCUCUCCAUCCUCAUCCUCUUCGUCUUCACAUGUGCCACCCAGCCUGGACACGCACACACACUCACAUGUGCACUCCCAUACUCACUCACACAUGUACCCCCUGAACAUGGGUAAGCCGGGAGGCCUGGCGUUUCGCUCUCUGGGCAUGGGCCCGUGCCCGCCGCUUCUGGGAGAGAGUUUGCCAUCGCCACCCAGUCGCACCAGCUCCGGAGAGGGUACCUGUGCUGUGUGUGGAGACAAUGCGGCCUGUCAGCACUACGGUGUGCGCACCUGUGAGGGCUGCAAGGGCUUCUUUAAGAGGACGGUGCAGAAGAAUGCGAAGUACGUGUGUUUGGCCAGUAAAAACUGCCCUGUGGACAAAAGGAGAAGAAAUCGCUGCCAGUACUGCCGCUUCCAGAAGUGUCUCAGUGUAGGCAUGGUGAAAGAAGUGGUGCGCACAGACAACCUGAAGGGGAGGAGAGGUCGCUUGCCGUCUAAACCAAAGAGUCCCCUGCAGCCAGAGCCCUCACCCCCAUCACCUCCCCUCAGCCUGCUGAAUGCAGUAGUGAGGGCCUAUUCCCAGUCUACACCACGAGAACUAGACUACAGUCAGUUCAGUGCGGUGGAGCCAGUGGGUCUAUCUGAGUCUCAGCAGAUCCAGAUGUUCUACAGAGUGCUAACCGGCUCCAUGGAGGUGACGCGUUGCUGGGCAGAACGGCUGCCUGGAUUCUCUGAGCUUCACCGUGAUGACCAGAACCUGCUCAUUGACUCUGCCUUCCUCGAGCUUUUCGUGCUUCGCCUCGCCAACAGGUCUUUGCUGGCAGACGAGAAGUUCGUGUUUUGCACAGGCCUGGUCCUUCACCGGCAGCAGUGCCUGCGUGGCUUCGGCGAAUGGCUGGACUCCAUCCGAGACUUCAGCACUCACCUGCAGAGUCUCAACCUUGAUAUGCCUGCGUUCUCCUGCUUGUGCGCCUUAGUGCUGCUCACAGAACAAUGUCCUGGUCUGAAGGAGCCUAAAAAAGUUGAGGAACUGCAAUCCAAGCUAAUCUGCUGCCUGCGAGAUCACCUGAGCUCGGUCAGUGCAGGAGGCGUGGCUUCAACCGGCAAGGCCCCACCCCCACUGGGAGCUGUGCUUGGCUUGAGGGCGGAGCUUCGAACUCAGCGUACGCAAGGCUUACAGAGGAUCUUCUACCUGAAGCUUGAGGAUCUGGUCCCACCCCCGCCGCUCAUCGAUAGGUUUCUGGACACCUUGCCCUAUUGAUGACCACGCCCCUUUUUGCACACCACUGACACGCCCACAAGCUCACUCAGACACGCCCACAGCGGCUAAAAACUCACCCUGUGAGGCAUAGAGCCAGUAGCUAACAGUGACACUGAACUCGAUUUUCCAUGAGUCCCCAAAUCCUCACAGGAAACAAACGUGUCUGAGGAGAAACCAAUCAUAUAAGCGCUUUUAAUCUCUGCUCUGCGCCUGAUAGUGUAGAUACGAGGCGGGGUUUGAGCGUAUCUGACGCGCGCCCUGGGAACGAGCACCAUGCCUAUAGCUCAGCGCGCCACGUCAGGAGAAGUAUUACCGUGCGAGAAUGUGUGUAUGCGUGCGUGCGUGUGUGUGAGUACGCACACUUAACGGCUCCUUUGCAGGCGGUCCAAAAGUUCCACCACAAUUCACCUCAAUGACAGCAGUUAUGUUUAUCACAAACAUACACUCACAAACACACAAGUGCACGCGAACUGUCCUUUCACACAUACGCACGGAUCCAAAACGCCAGCUUCAGAUGCCAGAUUAUGACAUAUCAACUGUCUUUGGCAGAAACGAAGUGGAUGUGUGUGUGAAAACACGUAGGAGUGUCUCUGAGGGAGGCUUUCGCCACACAGACCGAACGACAGAGUGCAUUAAUGUCCAGAAUCACAGUUGAUCACACCCCAGAAACCUGCAAACAAGUGCAAUUUACUAAGUGCUAUUGUAAACGAAGAGAGAGAGAGAGAGAGAGAGAGAGAGGGAGGAGAGAACGAGAGAGUGUGUGUGUUUGUUCCAGUCCUAUUUCAAACUCUAAAUUAUUUUAAUACUAAGACUCGCCUUGUAAGGUAACGGUUUCAAUUGAGAUGAUUUAGCUCGGUCUGCGCACUAACUUUUAACGACGAAGUUCCACAGACUUGAAAUUACUGUCGUUUUUUUUAUUGUUAUUAUGAAUAAAAACCAAGGGAUUUUAGUGAUAGGGUAACAGACUAAAAAGAGUAGAAUUGGGCUUUGAGCACUUAAAAAUAAACAAGAGGUAAGAGAAGGCAGGUGAGAUGCAGGUGCAGAGAGAGGAUGGAAGGAAUGAAACAUUCCAUGUUCAUGCUCAUUUUUGUAUGUUUAUACUGUCUACGCCAUUUAUUAAUAUGGAGGACAUUGGUGCAAAAAUGUCUUUUAUAUGUACAAAAAAAGUAAAAACGGAUUAUAUGCAUGGUUUUCUCCUUCUCGCCUCUGCUUGUAUUUAUUUUGCAAAGACUGCCGGCUCCACAAGGGCUUGAACACACUUACUGACUGGGCGUUCUCGCUUACUUUAUCAUACGGCAGCAGUUUGAACAGAUGAGAAAGUACAAAUUAUAUAUAUAAAAAAAAAAAUAUAUAUAUAUAUAUAUAUAUAUAUAUAUAUAUAUAUAUAUAUAUAUAUAUAUAUACACACACACACACACACAAUACAAAACUAAUAUUUUGAAGUGUUUUUAUCUGAUAGCUUUUUCAAAUCUUGUGGUACAAGUUGUGCAUUGUUUUUUGGAGAAGAAAUAUGAAAAAAGGAAAAAAAAACAUGUUUUUCAAUGUCUCUUUUGGUUUGUUUAGUUUUUUUUUCUCUUUGGUUCACUGGAGGCUCUGUUCAGCACUUUGAAAUCAUAAAAAAACCCUUCUGAUUA